AUGGUUAAGUGCUGUUUUGUACCAGGGUGUAAUACUGGUUAUGCUUUAGAUGUCAAACAACAAAAAUCAAUUGGAUUAAAAAAUAAAAGUUUAUUUAAAGCACCCAAAAAUACAGAGCUUUUAGCAAGAUGGCAUAGAGCUAUACCUAGAAAAGACAAAAUGCUUACAGAAAAGUGCUAUAUAUGUGAAUUGCAUUUCGAAGAGAAUGAUAUUCUACUUUUUGACGAGACUAUCUUAAAUGAUGGAACAGUCAAUAAAAUUAAAAGAAUUAGACCCAUAUUAAAAGCAGGGGCAGUUCCAUCUAUAUUUCCGAACUUGCCAUUUUAUCUAACAAAGCAUACAAUGAAUAGAAAACCUCCUCUUAAAAGGUCUAUAAAUAUUGAUAAAAAGAUAUCUAAACCAAGUCAGGCAUGUUUAAAUACAGUUGAAAAUUCCCACGAAGAAUUUUCUUUUCAGUAUUUAAAAGAGAAUCUGAAUCUGUUAGAAAAACCAGGUAAUAAAUGGAUGUUUGGAUUAACUGAUGAUGAAGUAGUGCUUGCAAUAUGGAAUAGUGAUUCUGAAAAAAGAAUAGUAAUUUCAAAUAAUUUAAUAGUAAAAAUUUUUUUGAAUGGUAUUGAAAUUUUAUUUGACUGCAACAUUAUUAAUACAAUUUUAUUGAGUAUGAAUGAUACAAAUAAGUUAUUGAAAUAUAUACAUUCUUUAAUAGCAUGUAAAGGGAUUACAUCAGCAAAUAACAUUAACAGGUCUAUUACAUGCAAAGGUUAUGUUGAAAAACGUCUAGGGCAACGUGGACCAAUGAGUAGUUAUUGUUUUGACUGUAGGAUAGAACGAAAAAGAAUGGCUGAUAGAAUAAGAAAACAAGUUUUCAAUCCUCGUGGUAAAAUUAGAAAUAAAACUCAGAAAUCAGCUAAACAGUUAAAAAGAAAAGUGUCUAGGCUUAGAAAUAAGGUUAUUGAGUUAAGAAGAAAGAUGAAUAAGAUAAAAGAGUUGUGUGCUUCCACAAAUGAGGAAAUACUAAUUAAGUCAAUCCAAAAACUGCCAAAAAAUCAGCAUGAAGCAUUAAAAACAUGUUUUGACGCUUCUAAAGUAGCAAGUUCUAAUGGUCGUCGUUAUACUCUUAAUUGGAUAUAUGAGUGUAUGCUUAUAAGAAUAAAAAGCAGAAAAACUUAUAAACAUAUACGAAUACAUAAUAUCCUGACACUUCCCUCUGUAGAAACUAUUAGAAAGUACUUAAAACACACUAAAGGUGUUUAUGGUUUUCAGCCCAGUACUUUUACAUGUUUAAAGGAGAAAUCAAAACAUAUAAAUAUAAAUGAAAGAAGAGGUACUCUAUUGCUGGAUGAAAUGAAAGUUUCAGAACAAUUAGUAUUUGAUAAGGAAACUUUAAAAGUAAAUGGAUUUACAGAUUUGGGAAAAUAUACUCCACUUGACCAAAAACAAAAAAAGGGAGACCAUGCUUUGGUAUUAAUGUUUCAGCCAUUUAGAGGACAGUGGGUCCAAGCAGUUGCAUGUUUCCUUAGUUUUUUUGUGGAUGUGGUGACUACUGAUGGAGCUGCUUGGAAUAGAGGAAUGUGGAAUAAAUUUGGAAUAAGUGAAAAUAAUGUGAGCUGUGAACAUAUUUUUGAUAAUAAUAGAAGACUAUGGUUUAUGUCAGAUUUCCCACACCUGAUAAAAAAUUUGAGAAAUUCCUUGAUUAAACAAAACGAAACAUGGGUAAAUAUAAUCUCUUUUUAA